GAAUUCUAGUCGCUACAAUCUGAACACGCCUGUGCCUCGUAUGAGUUAACACGUGCGCUUAUAAGUAUUACGGUAGUAUCUGAGCGAUAACAUCUCGCUUCUAACAAUCGAAUGACGUACAUACGCGACCGUGGUAAUUACAAGUGAUGGGGUCCCAAGAAUUACGUUCUCAACACCAAAGCCUUUUGCAGACUGAUCAUUUACGAAAUAAGCUACCGUAUCCAAAGUCCGUGGGGUUCAUCGUUACAAAUGAGUUCUGCGAGAGAUUCUCCUACUAUGGGAUGCGAUCUAUCCUCGUGUUGUACCUGCGCAACAAGAUCGGCUACACCGCGGAUGGCGCGACAGUUAUUUACCACGUUUUUACGAUGUUCGCCUACUUUUUCCCGCUCCUCGGGGCAAUGAUUGCUGACGGCUGGCUCGGGAGAUUUAGGACAAUAUUGUAUUUAUCACUGGUGUAUGCAACGGGAAGUGUACUGAUAUCCCUGUCAGCUAUGCCUCCAGUCAACCUACCGCAGUUAGAGUUUACCAUAAUAGCAUUACUAUUAAUAGCCUUCGGCACGGGAGGAAUCAAGCCGUGCGUAUCAGCUUUUGGAGGAGACCAGUUCAAGCUACCUGAACAAGAGAGAUACUUGGGAUACUUCUUCUCUCUGUUCUAUUUCGCCAUCAACGCUGGCAGUCUCAUUUCCACAUUUAUAACUCCCAUUUUGAGGGCAGAUGUUCAUUGUUUUGGAGAUAACGACUGCUAUUCUUUGGCCUUUGGCGUUCCUGGCAUUUUGAUGAUCGUUUCAAUAGUAUUCUUCGUUGCGGGAAGAAGAUUCUAUGUUACGAAACAGCCAGCCGGUAAUAUCCUUGGAAAAGUUUUUAGCUGUAUAACGCACGCCGCGGUCAAGGCAAUUAAGGGGAAAGACAAACGUGAGCACUGGCUAGAUAACGCGGACGACAAGUAUGAUGCAGGCCUUAUAGAGGAUGUUAAGGAUCUGUUGCGUGUGCUCGUCCUUUUUAUUCCUCUUCCGGUGUUCUGGGCACUGUUUGAUCAACAAGGAUCAAGAUGGACAUUCCAAGCAGACAGAAUGGAACAAAGUAUAGGCAGUUGGACGUUGAAGGCGGACCAGAUGCAAGUUUUAAACCCUCUUCUCAUUUUAUUAUUCAUUCCACUCUUCGAAGUUGGAAUUUAUCCAUUCCUGACAUGGGCGAGACUUAUAAAAAAGCCUUUACACAAAAUGAUAUGGGGUGGUGUGUUAGCUGCAAUCGCAUUCGUCAUCUCAGGAAUUGUCGAGAUCAAACUUCUGCCAACCUACGGCACUCCAGUAUCAGAAGGUUUCGCUCAGUUGAGGGUAUACAAUGGAUUCAAUUGCAACUUCACACUUAAUGCCAAUAAUGAUACUGUUAUGAUUGGUCCUUUGAGUGUUUACGAAAAAUUGGAUCUCGAGUCCCGCAAUGUUACACAGCUACCCAUAUCUCUUAGAGGUAUAGAAGGGGAAUGUGCGAAUCAAACGUUUGUAGGCAACUACGAAUUACAAGAAAAGAAAGCAAACUCUCUAUUCAUUUCACAAAAUGGUCUCUACAAUUUCAUAGAUAAUAAUGAUAAAGCCAUAGACACAGUUAAUAUAAGAUUUUUAUCAAACAUAGAUCAUCUCGUGACAAUAAAUGUCAACGAUGUGAGGAAGAACGUAACAAAGUUAAGUUUGAAAAGUGACGACAGAUCUCAGUAUUCGAUAGAUAAAGGCACAUACAACGUGUUGGUGGACGGAGUUAUUAUAUUGAGUGAAUAUGAAUUUAAAACAGGAGCUGUGUAUACUAUCAAUAUGGUGAAAGACAGCAGUGAGACAUACAUCGCCAAUCCAGUGGUCAUAACCCCGCCUAACUCAGUCCAUAUUCUGUGGCUAGUGCCCCAAUACGUGAUCAUGACGAUGGGUGAGGUGAUGUUCUCAGUCACGGGGCUGGAGUUCUCAUUCACCCAGGCUCCAGCGAGCAUGAAGUCAGUAUUACAAUCGGUGUGGUUACUCACCGUGGCGUUUGGCAAUUUGAUAGUGGUGCUCAUUGUAGAAGGCAACUUUUUGGAUGCUCAGUGGAAGGAGUUCUUUUUGUUUGCUGGCCUCAUGAUGUUGGACAUGUUAAUAUUUACGGCGAUGGCACUAAAAUACAAGUACGUGGAGCUAAAAUCGAGUACGGAAAAUGUUGCCAUCGACGAAAUAAGACUACCCGACAAACCGACGCUGAAAGAAAACUGAGUACAAAAGUUCCAAAAGACAGAAAAUCGAAUUAAAUUCGGAGACUGAUUCGGAUAUUUUAAUUAAGUGUUACAAAUAAGCGUGAAAAACAUUUUAUAAUAAAUAUUGUUAAAAU